AUGAGCCAACGCAAUUGCGGCGUGGUCUUCCAUGUGUCGCUGCUGUACAACUUGGUGCUAGAACACGAGCAACGCCGUCCAUGGUGGAGUCACAUUGAGCCAAGGUUGAUCCUCGGUGCGCUGCCUCUACAAGACAAGGACCACUUGAAUCUGUUGGUGCAACAUGAGGGCGUGAAAGCAGCGGUGACCAUGAACCAGCCCGUGGAGCUCCUACCGAAUUUCCUGUCGACUCCGGUGUCCCCUGCCGAGUGGGCGAGCGAGCACGUUGCUCAAUGCUUUGGCUCGACUGAAGACUUCUCCUCCCCAGCGUUGGAUACCAUCGAAAAGUGUGUGCUUUUUCUUCAUGACCAGGUUGACGUGCAGCAGAACACAACCUACGUGCAUUGCAAAGCGGGACGUGGCCGAAGCGCAGUGGUCGUCGUGGCAUUCCUCGUUCAAUAUCGCCAGAUGACACUCGACGAAGCCUUCGAGGUGGUGAUGACCAAGCGACCCCACGUCCGUCUCAACACGAGCCAGCACGAGAUCCUACGAGAGUUCAGUAAGAAGUACUCGUCACUAGAUCCAUCCCGACCAGCUGCGCCUACUGGCAACGUCAGCACGCAUAAACGGUAA